AAGCCGUAGUCUCAUCCUACUCAUCACUCGUCUCAUCCUAGCUCAUCUGACUCAGUUGAAUUUGGGACCAAGUACAAGAUAUUAGUUGUACGGAUUCGUCAUGAAGUUCGCACUGAUACUCAUCGUAGCCGGAGUGGCAUCCGCUGGUCGUUUGGAGAACACUUAUCUCCCACCAGGAUCAGCAGCAUCCGCAGGAGGAGCAGGCUUCAUCCACGCACCUGCUUACACUGCCGUAGGAUCCAGCGGAAGACCCGGAGUAUCCGGAGGCUUUGGUGGAUUUGGAGGAUCCGGAGGCGUCGGAGGCGGUGCUGGAGGAUUCGGAGUCCACGGUGGAUCAGCUGGAGCGCCUGGACCAGUCGUAGGUGGUGGUUACCAAGGCAGUGGAAAUCGUCACGGACAGUUCGUCGAGAUCACUAGAUUCAACAAUCAGAACAAUGGCGACGGAUCUUAUCAGUACAACUACGAAGCUGCCAACGGCAUUUCCGCCGAGGAGUCUGGUGCCCUCCAAGGCGAUAGCGAGGUAGUCAAGGGAUCCUACUCCUACACUGGACCCGACGGCGUUCAGUACACCAUUCACUACACUGCUGACGAGAAUGGAUUCCAUCCCGAAGGAGCUCAUCUCCCAACUCCACCGCCGAUUCCCGAGGAGAUCCGUCGCGGAGUUGAGCUGUCGCUGGCUGCUGAAGCUAGAGGCGAGAAUCAAGACGGACAGUAUCGUCCUUCCGGUCCUCAGGGUUACAACAAGUAUCAGACUUCCGGUCAAGUUGGUGCCGGUGCCAGUGCCGGUUAUCAUUAUUGAUUCAAAAUUGCCAUCGCCUACUGUGACUUCCGGAUAUUGAUUUUUUCAUGAAUUUCAUGAUAAAUUAAUGUUCUGAUAGUUGUGUAAAUAUACAUUAACAAUAAAAGAUUUUACAUGACACUA